AUGGCUGCGCUGGGAGUGAGCACCGUGCUGGCCAGGAGGCUAUGGCCCCUGCGUAUGGCCCCUGUCUUGCCAAAAACCCGGCUGCGGCGGUUUGCGACGAAGGCCCCGGGGUUGCGGAGUUACAAUGUGGAGGACCCCACCACGGGGCUGCACCAGAAAUAUCACGAUGGCACGCUGCAGUACACGAUGGAAAACAUGGAGUGGGUCGAGAAGAAAGGCUACAGCAAGGACGACCACCUGACCGACCAGCAGAAGACGCAGAUGCGAGAGGAGGCGCGGCGGCGCCUUUGCCGCUGGCCCCGCCUGCUGCCGGAGGACCUGCAGAGGGUGCAGCAUUGCAAGGCCCAGUCCUUUGGAGGUCCGAGGGAUCCCGGGGAGAACAUCUUCGUGGUGACCCUGGCCCGGCGUCCGGAGAAGCGCCAGCGAGUGCUCCGGCAGCUGGAGGAAAAUCAAUUGAAUGCGACGUUGGUUAAUGCCGUGGACGGCGAUGGCGUGCUCUACCAAGAUGACCUGGAAUGUUUGGGAGUUCGAAUUCUGCCGGGCUACAACUGCGGCUUCAGCAACCACAACAUGCCUUACACCACUGGCGAGGUGGGCUGCUUCUUGAGCCACUACGCUGUGUGGCACCGCAUGGUCGAACAAAACAUUCCGACCGCUCUGAUUCUGGAAGACGAUUUCGACCUCCAAGAGGACUUCAAGUCUCGCUUGAGACAGUUCCUGCAAGAGGUUGAGGAUUUCGACUGGAACCUCAUGUACGUCGGGCGCAGCCCCAUGGAGAAUGACAUCAGCCAGGUCUCGGAGCAUGUGGUGGAGCCGGGCUAUACCCUGUGGACAGUGGGCUACAUCCUACAACUGGAGGCGGCCAAGGCGCUCAUCGAGACGGAGGCACACCAGAAUAUGAUCCCUUUGGACGACUUCUUUUCCAUCUCUAUGGGCUGUGGCAUGGAUGGCCAGUACAACGAGCGUGCUGCAGAGUGGAGCGCACAGAUCCCGCAGAUCAUGCGCGGCCUAGCCUUCAACCCGCCCUUGGUAAUGCCCUACAUCGGCUCCAUGUUCAAGAGCGACACGGCAAUGCUGAGACCUGGCACGCGCUACGUGAAGGACCUGCCAAACAGCGGCGAAGGCCUGCAGCCUUUGCGGCAGUGCCAGGACCUGGAAGAGCCGCCGCAGCAAAUGCCCAGAGCCUGGCGUGAGGCCUUGGACACCAUCGAGGCCUUGUACCGGUCCGCGCAUCUCGCUGCCCAAGACUUCGAGUACAUGGACCGCUUCAAGCAAGUUGCCCAGCUUGCACGCCGAGCGCUUGAUGAGCAAAGCUCGGCUCGCGCGUGCAGUGUUUCGGUGAGCCACUGGCUGACCGCCGGUGUGCAGGAGCUCGGGGCCAAGGGGCCAAAGCAGAAUGCCCAGAGAAGCCUUGUCCAGUCCCAGGCAACAGGAGAUGAAGAACACACCUGGCUCAACGAGCAGCUGGGCACGCGCUUUUUCGUUGCCCCAGAAGUCGUUGACAAGAGCAUCCCCUACGGCUGCAAGUGUGACUGCUGGUCCUUGGGAGUUAUGUUGUAUAUCAUCCUGACAGAUGAGCAUCCCUGCGCUCCUGAUGCGCACAGACUGGAUACUCCAUCGCUGUUCGGGAAGAUUCUCACUGGCCGGGUUCGUCAAAGGCCCUUGCAGGAGGCGGAUGUGGAUCCUGACGUGGCACAACUUCUGUUUGGCUUGCUGGAGAAAGAUCCGGCCACACGAUUGGAUGCACAAGGGGCACUACGCAGCAGGUGGUUGUCCAAAGUCAAGGACAGACGCCCGCGGAUCCCCGUUCCGCUGAAGAAGCUCAGGAGCAAAAGCCGAAGCGGAGAUAUCUCGCCUGCCUCUGAGCAGUCGACCACCACACCAAUGUCGCCCAUGACAAACGGUACACUCCGUCGGCUGGCCAGAUUUCGGCACCUCUCAAAGUUCGAGCGCGCAGUGCUGACGCUGGUAGCGCAUCGCUCCGAGGAGCACCACGUGGCAGAGCUGCGCGACGCCUUUCACGCACUGGACACUUCGCGCACAGGAUCUUUGAGCAAGGAUGAGAUCAGAGAAGGGAUCCGCUGCGGGCAAAGGCUGCAGGCAGCGGAGGUGGAUGAAAUCUUCCACGCCCUGGACGCAGAUGGCACGGGAAAGGUGCACUACACUGAAUGGCUAGCGGCGACCAUGAAGCCAUCAGCGCUGGCCACUGACAAGGCCAUUAAGCAGGUUUUUCACUACCUCGACAUUGACCAGACAGGUCAUAUCUCUCCACAUGAGCUGUUCAGGGUGGUUGGCUGCAACGACACGGUCAAGAGCAUCCUGGAGGCUGGGGAUUUGGAUGGUGACCAGGUCAUCACGGAGGAGGAGUUCCGAGUGCUGAUGGGUAAAAUGGCCAAGCGUCUGGAGCAGGAAGAUGUGCGCAGGGCCUCUGCCGAAGACUAUGUUGCACUUUGGGUGACCGCAGGCUCGGAGGUCAUGUCUGCGCCAAAAGCCCCAGCAACUGCUCCUGCUGUGACCCCUGUGGCCAAGGCCAGUGAAGUGGCAGCGGCCGCAAAGGCCAGGGAGGAUGAUCCCAAGCAAGACUCCAUGAAGAAGGAGGCGGCAGAACCCAAGGCAGCCCCAAGCAAAGCGUCCGAGCUGGCCGGCAUCUCCAAGGUUGCCAGCACUACCACUGGAGCCAGUGCCGCCCCAAAAGCCGGCAGUGCCACUGCCCCCGCCGCCGCGAGCGCCGCGCCUGGAGCCCCUCGUGCCAGCGCCACUGGCCCGACGUCAGCGGCGGCGAAAGCGAGCCCCGCAGCGCCGGCGUCGGCAGCAGCGGUGAUGGAGGAAGGCAAGAAGCCCAUCACGGCCACUCAGCGCUUGGCAGCCACUGGCUCCGUGAUGGCCAAAGGUGUUGGCGCAAAGGCUGAAGCGCCCAAGGCGAAGGCCAAGUCUGCCUCGGUGCCGAUCAGUUCCCGGCCUCUUCCGCAGACGGCCACGCAGGCAGCACCAGGGAGCGUUCUGAACAUCGUCAGCGGCAAACCGACCCCCGCAGCAGAGGUGGCGGAGAGCGGCUACCCCACCAGCACGGUGGGGCCGGCAAGGAGCUAUGCCAAGGCAGCUUCCACAGUGCUGCCCAAGACCGGCGAUGCGCCUCUCACAGGGCCGCCUGCUGUAGCCGUGGGCCGCUCCUUGGCGGAGGGUCGUCCUGGCACUGUGAGCGCGCUGGGCAAGCUCGCCACAAGCAUUUCCAAGAAAUAUCAGAUUGUUUUCGUCACGAGCGAGGUGGCCCCUUUUUCCAAGACUGGAGGACUGGGAGAGGCGAUGGAUGGCCUUCCCAUCGCACUGGCUGCCUUGGGCCACCGCUGCAUGGUGAUUUCUCCCCGAUACGAUCAGUACAAGGAGGCCUGGGACACCGGAUACUGGAGCUCCAUCCCCAUGGGCGGCAAGCAGGAAUCAGUGCACUUUUUCCACACCUACAAGCAGAAGGUGGACUAUGUCUUUGUGGAUCAUCCCACUUUCCUGGAGCGCGUGAAUGGACAGACGGGCGCCAAGCUCUAUGGCCCGGAGUGGGGCCAGGAUUUUGCUGACAAUCAAGCACGCUUCGCCUACUUUUGCAAGUGCACGCUCAAGGCGAUCCAGGAGCUCCCGCUGGGCGGCUCUGCGUAUGGCGGUGACUGCAUGGUGGUUUGCAAUGAUUGGCACAGCGCGCUGGUGCCGAUGUUCAUCCACGCGGAGAAGGCAACAGGCAAGUGGGCCAACACGAAGAGCGCCUUCCUGUGCCACAACGCCGUGUUUCAGGGCCGCUUCGUGCGCGAGGAAGGUCUGGCAGAAGUGUUCGGAGUGCCUCAGCGCUACAUCGACAGCAUCACUUUCAAGAUGCCACUCCGCAUCGGCAAGUACAAUGAGAAGGAGACCUGCGUCAACACCAUGGCAGCGGGCCUGCGCUACUCUGACCGGGUGCUGACGGUGUCUCCCAGCUAUGCCGUGGAGUGCUGCACGGAUCCUGAGAAGGGCGUGGAGUUGGAGAAGCUCUUCAGUCUGGGAAAGUGCACAGGAAUCCUGAACGGCGUCAAAGAGGGCGUGACACCCUCUGAGACGAACUUUGUGACAAAGACCAUGAUGACCUGCGGGCCGUUCAACGCCGCCACUGCCACGGCGGCGAAGGCCGAGCUCAAGGCCACCUACCGUGCGCAGAACAACCUGCCAGAGUGCAAGGGACCAAUGAUGUGCUUCAUCGGAAGGCUUGAUGCUCAGAAGGGCUAUGACCUUUUGCUGGAAGCUCUGGUGGAGGUCUUGGAGGACACCGAGAUGCAGGUGGUGAUUGUGGGCUCCGGCCGUGCCGACCUGGUGCAGAUGACCAAGGCCGUCGAGAAGAAGUUCCCGAGCAAGCUGUUCUACGCAGGCUGGAUGGGCCCCGAGCGCUACGCCCUGCUGGCGGGCUGCGACUUCACGCUGCUGCCCUCCAGGUGGGAGCCUUGUGGCUUGGUGCAGAUGGAGGCUAUGCGCAUGGGCACUCUGCCCAUCGUGGCGCCCACCGGCGGCCUGAAAGACACCGUGGAGGAUGGUCUCAACGGCAUCUGGACUGACAAAGAAAUGUCCGUGGAGGCCGUCAUCAACGAGGAGUCCGUCUCCUCCAUCGCCGGCGCCCUGCGCCGUGCGGCAGAGCUUUUCCAGGAGGAGCCGGCCAAGGUGGCGGAGAUGACGAAGGCCGCCAUGGCCGCCUCUGCUGAGUUCACCUGGAGCAACGCUGCCUUGCAGUACGAGGCCGUGUUUGAGGAGCUUGGCGUGAAGAAUGUGUUGGGCGCCAAUGCGACAGUCACCCUGGAAACUGACAAGCAGGCGGAGUGGGAGGGUGUGCUGAGCGCCCUGGUGGCAUGUGGGGCUCUCAGGCCAAUCAUGUCUGCUCCGGCGAAGGCUCCUGCAGUGGUGCCAGUGGCCAAGGCCAGCGAGGUGGCUGCCACUGCUAAAGCUCGAGAGGAAGCGCCUAAGACCACAGAGCAGAGGAAGGAGGUGGCAGCCGGCCCCAAAGAGGCUGCCGGCACUGCCAUGGCCACCUCAGGCAGCGCCGCUGGCGCGACUGGCGCCAGCGCCGGUGCUUCCGCAGUGCCCAAGGCCGUAGCAAAGGCUGUGCCCCCCGCUUCUGCAGCGGCGGUCAUGGAGGCUGGCAAGAAGCCCAUCACCGCUUCCGAGCGCAUGGCCACCACUGGCUCUGUCAUGGCCCGAGGAGUUGGCGCCAAGGCCGAGGCGGCUCAGCCCAAGGCCAAGGCCAAGUCUACGGCCAUCGCUUCGCGGCCCUUGCCGCCCAGCACCACGCAGGCCGCGCCAAACAGCGUCCUGAACAUCGUCAGCGGCAAGCCGACCCCUGCCAGCGAGGCCGCCACCGGAGCGGCGUACGCCAGCGCCGUGGGCCCUGCCCGCAGCUAUGCCAAGGCUCGCAGGGCGGGGCGCGGCUCGGAGGUGCCCAGGACCGGGCCGCCCGCCGUGGCGGCUGGCCGUGCCAUGGCGGAGGGCCGCAGCGCUGUGAGCAGCAUCAACGGGAAGGUGAGCACCUCCAUCUCCAAGAAGUACCAGCUUGUGUUCGUCACCAGCGAAGUGGCCCCGUUCUCGAAGACAGGAGGACUGGGUGAGGCCAUGGACGGCCUGCCCACCGCAUUGGCUGCUCUGGGCCACCGCUGCAUGGUCAUCUCCCCUCGCUAUGAUCAGUACAAGGAUGCAUGGGACACUGGAUAUUGGAGCUCCAUCCCUAUGGGCGGCAAGCAGGAGUCUGUGCACUUUUUCCACACCUACAAGCAGAAGGUCGACUACGUGUUCGUGGACCACCCAACUUUCCUGGAGCGGGUGAACGGGCUCACAGGUGCCAAGCUCUACGGUCCCGAGUGGGGUAUGGACUUUGCUGACAACCAGGCUCGCUUUGCCUACUUCUGCAAGGCGGCUCUGAAGGCGAUCCAGGAGCUUCCUUUGGGCGGCUCAGCGUAUGGCGGCGACUGCAUGGUGCUGUGCAACGACUGGCACAGCGCCCUCGUGCCCAUGUUCAUUCAUGCUGCGAAGGCCACCUCCGGCAGCUGGAAGAACACCAAGACCGCCUUCCUGUGCCACAACGCGGUCUUUCAGGGCCGCUUCAUCCGCGAAGAAGGCCUGGCUGAGAUUUUCGGCGUGCCCCAGCGGUACAUUGACAGCAUCACCUUCAAGAUGCCGCUCCGCAUCGGCAAGUACAACGAGAAGGUCAGCUGCAUCAAUACCAUGGCAGCGGGCCUGAAGUACUCGGACCGCGCACUGACGGUGUCUCCCAGCUAUGCCGUGGAGUGCUGCACAGACCCUGAGAAGGGCGUGGAGUUGGAAGAGCUCUUCAGCCUUGGCAAGUGCACAGGAAUCCUCAACGGAGUCAAGGAGGGCGUGACCCCGGCUGAGAAGAACUUUGUGACCAAGACCAUGAUGACCUGCGGAACGUUCAACGCUGCGAACGCCACAGAAGCGAAGGCUGAGCUGAAGGCCACCUACCGCGCACAGAACAGCCUGAAGGAGAGCAAGGGCCCGAUGAUGUGCUUCAUCGGAAGGCUGGAUGCGCAGAAGGGCUACGAUCUGCUUUUGGAGUCGCUGAUCGACGUGCUCGAGGACACUGAGAUGCAGGUCAUCGUCGUGGGCUCCGGGCGCGCCGACCUGGUGGCACAGACCAAGGCAGUGGAGAAGAAGUUCCCCAACAAGCUCUUCUAUGCAGGCUGGAUGGGCCCGGAGCGCUAUGCUCUGCUGGCGGGCUGCGACUUCACUCUGCUGCCCUCCAGGUGGGAGCCUUGCGGCUUGGUGCAGAUGGAGGCUAUGCGCAUGGGCACGCUGCCCAUCGUGGCGCCCACCGGUGGCCUGAAAGACACCGUGGAGGAUGGCCUCAACGGUAUUUGGACCGAUGCCGAGAUGAGCGUGGAAGCCGCGAUCGAUGAGGACUCUGUGGCCUCCAUCUCCAAGGCGCUGCGGCGCGCGGCCGCGCUGUUCCAGGAGGAGCCGCAGAAGGUGACGGAGAUGACCAAAGCCGCCAUGGCCGCGUCCGCAGAGUUCACCUGGAGCAACGCCGCCUUGCAGUACGAGGCAGUCUUCGAGGAACUGGGUGUCAAGAACGUGCUGCAGGGCGGCUAUGGCACAGUCACCCUGGAGGCAGACAAGCAGGUGUGCUAA